AUGAUAAGCUGGGGAGGAAAAGAUGGUUACACAUGGCUUUGGUCUGCUAUAAAUGUACCCAUCAGCUUUUAUCACUGGAACAUCUCCACAAACUGUUCAUGUUCUGAAAUAAAAAUGAGCCCUGUAAACACACCAACAGAAACUGAGCUGAGAAUAAGGAAGAUUCUGAAAACACUAAACCAGCUGAUCCCACCCAGACCCUUCACCCAUGAGGACACCACCACCAGUGCCACACACAGCACAGUCACCCUCCUCAACCCUAGAAACACAUACUGCAGGGGGGACCAGCUAGACAUCCUGCUGGAGGCCAGGGACCACCUGGGACACAGAAAGGAAUAUGGAGGGGACUUUUUGAGGGCCAGGAUGUCCUCCCCAGGCCUGAAGGCAGGCGCCUCAGGAAAGGUGACAGACUUCAACAAUGGCACCUACCUUGUCAGCUUCACUCUGUUCUGGGAGGGUCAGGUCUCCCUGUCUCUCCUGCUUAUCCACCCCAGUGAAGGGGUGUCGGCUCUCUGGAGGGCAAGGAACCAAGGCUAUGAUAAAAUUAUUUUCAAAGGUAAAUUUGUUAAUGGCACCUCCCAAGUCUUCACUGAAUGUGGCCUGACCCUAAACUCUAGCUCUGAACUGUGCACCUACCUGUAUGGGAUAGACCAGGAAGCCUUCUACUGCAAGAAGCCUCAACACAUGCCCUGUGAGGCCCUGACCUAUAUGUCCUCCAGGAACCGAGAAAUUUCUUAUCUUUCAGUCAAGGAAAAAAGCCUUUUCCAUAAGUCCAAAGUGGGAGUUGAAAUGAUGAAAGACCUUAAAAAUAUUGAUGUCUCCCAUUGCAACAAGAGUGAAAAGAGCACAGAGAAAUGCCAAAUUGGAAUGAAGAUUCCUGUCCCUGGUGGAUACACUUUACAAGGAAGGUGGAUAACAACAUUUUGUAACCAGAUUCAACUAGAUACAAAUAACAUCAAUGGCUGCUUGAAAGGAAAAAUCAUUUACCUUCUGGGAGACUCCACAAUAUGUCAGUGGAUCUACUACUUACCCAAAGUUGUAAAAACACUGAAGUUUUUUGAUCUUCAUGAAACUGGAUCUUUUCCGAAGCGUUUGCUUCUGGAUGCUGGAAGACAUAUUCAAAUUCAAUGGAAAAAACAUGGCUUUCCUAUUAUCACUCAUAAUCUCUACUCUGUGACAGAUGAAGCUUACAUCCCUCGAGAAAUUGACCUAAUAUCAGGGGAUAAAAACACAGCCAUUGUCAUUACAUUUGGCCACCACUUCAGACCCUUCCCCAUUGACCUUUUCAUUCGCAGGGCCAUCAGUAUUCGAAAAGCUAUUGAACGACUAUUCCUAAGAAACCCCGACACUAAAGUGAUCAUUAAGACAGAAAAUAUCAGGGAGAUGCACGUAGAAACAGAGUGGUUUGGAGAUUUCCAUGGUUACAUUCAUUAUCUUAUCCUGAAUGACAUUUUCAAAGAUCUCAAUGUGGGUGUCAUUGAUGCCUGGGACAUGACCAUUGCAUAUGGCACCAAUAAUCUCCACCCACCUGAUCAUGUGAUUCAAACUCAGAUUAACAUGUUCUUAAGCUACAUUUGCUAAAGCAUAAGUAUAAAAAAUUACUAAAUACCAAUUUUUACACCCCUUGUGUCGAUGAAAUUUUAUUCAUUUUAAUUAUUAAGAAAAUCAAAUUUAAAAGAAUACCUAUGGGAUUAUUUGUGGGACACUUACAGACAAUAAGAAUGGAGAUGAGAUGCAAAUCCCAGAGUGUGAGAUGUAAGGAAUGAUCAUAUCAUGCCUGGAGCUUGUCUGUGUGUAAAUAAUAAAUAUUUUAGGCAUGGUUGAGUAUGAUUUCUGUUACUCAUGGCUGAACAGAGAGUAAAAGGGAAUAAACAUGUAAUCGUCAUGAUGUUCUAAAACUGUCACCCUACUUUCUCUGUAAAGGUAUAGAGAGUAAAUAUUUUGGAAUCUGCAGACUAUCCUGCCUCUUUCACAACUGCUCCACUCUGCACUGCAGUACAAAAUCAGCCGCGGACAACAUGUAA